ACACCAGGCAGAGAGUUUAAAUGCCACCACUGCAGUUGGUGUGGAGCAGUUGUCGUCCACAGAUCUUCUUCAGCACGAGCUCAGCUCCGAGGGUUACACCCACACACGCUCGCAAGGACCGUAAAGGACCUAUAACGCUUUUAGAGAAGACACAGCAGAGCCGGUGGACUCUAAUUCCAGCGAGACAUGGAGCUUUUCGAGACCAACCCCUACUUCUUCGCAGACCAGCGUUUUUACGAAGGCGGCGAUAACUUCUUCCAAUCCAGGCUGACCGGAGGCUUCGACCAAGCAGGAUAUCAGGAUAGAAGCUCCAUGAUGGGCUUGUGUGGAGACGGAAGGAUGCUGUCCAACGGAGUGGGAUUGGAGGACAAACCGUCUCCAUCAUCUAGCCUCGGUUUGUCCAUGUCUCCUCAUCAGGAGCAGCAGCACUGUCCGGGUCAGUGUCUGCCUUGGGCCUGUAAGGUGUGCAAGCGCAAGUCGGUGACAAUGGAUCGACGAAAAGCCGCCACUUUGAGGGAGAAGAGGAGGUUGAAGAAAGUCAACGAGGCCUUCGAGGCUCUUAAAAGAAGCACGCUUAUGAAUCCCAACCAGAGGCUGCCUAAGGUGGAAAUCCUGCGCAGCGCCAUCCAGUACAUCGAGAGACUGCAAGCGUUGGUCAGCUCCCUCAACCAGCAGGAACAUGAGCAGGGAAACCUGCAUUAUAGAGCCGCAGCUCCUCAAGGGGUGUCGUCCUCCAGCGAGCAGGGCUCUGGCAGCACCUGCUCUAGCAGUCCUGAGUGGAGCAGCGCAUCGGAGCACUGCGUCCCCGUCUACAGCUCCACCCACGAGGAUCUCCUGAAUGACGACUCCCCAGAGCAGACCAACCUGAGGUCUCUGACCUCUAUUGUGGACAGCAUUACAGGAACAGAGGUGACUCCCGUGCCCUAUUCAGUGGACAUAAGCAAAUAAAUAAGGAGGGUGACCCUACCGUUAUGUUCAGAGUGACCACCUUUCAAUGACCAUAGCAGCACUAUCUAUGACACCCAAGGUGAAUGAAGAACCUUUUAAAAGUCAUAAAAGCCUUGGGGGCUUAAUUUCCAGACAAAUCUUGAGGUACAUAUGAUUAUAUUUCCAAAUGUUUCUUAUCUCUGUGGGAAUAAGAACGAAUUUCAGAUCAGCCUAAUUCCUGCUGAAACUUAAGACAGUCAGGCUGGGCAAAUCAUAUUUUCAUAAUUUGUCCUUUUUUUCCUCUUGAUUCCUUUAUUUUUUCACUCUGUUUGUGUGUGCUUAAUGCUUACCAACAAAAAAGAAACAUUUGUGGGUCCAAUGUUUUACAUCUGGUUUUGACCAAUUUCUGCUUAAUUUAAACUAGUUCCAAAUGCCAGUUAUGUAAAUAUGUUCCUAUUUUCUACAGAGUGGUUUUGUUAUUUUGUUUUGUAUUUUUUCCUGUGUGUUUGGAAUAACUUAUUUGGACUUUUAUAAUAAAGAUUGUUGUGUAUUUGUAAA